AUGAACUUCACCUCCAAAGGAACGCGCGAGAUCUUGAUUGCAGGAUGUCAGGAGCAGAUGUUCAAAGUCGAUGUCGAAAAGGGCAUUGUUGUGGACACACUGCCCGUCGAUGCCCAGUACACCAUCAUGAAGCGAGCAGGCCAGUAUCUCUGCGCAGCUACUAAGACUGGCGGCAUACACAUACUUGAUUCUAAUUCGCUCUCUGUCAUCAAAGUCUUCGAAGGCCACACCGGAAGCAUCAGUGAUAUGGAUGCGAAAGGCGAUUUCCUCGCUACGUGCGGCUGGUCUCCGCGGCAGCAAUAUGCGUACAUGCUGGAUCCAUUCACCAACGUCUUCUCUUUGAAGACUCUGAAGCAACUGGCACCCGUUCCGUUCCACACCGGUGCAGCUUUUGUACGAAUGCAUCCUCGCAUGUCCACUACCGCUAUCAUCGCCUCGCAGAACGGGCAGAUGCAGGUGAUUGACCUUAUGAAUCCCGACUCGGCGAACCUUCGACAGCUCAACCUGUAUGACUCCUAUCUAGCUGGCUUCGAGAUGGCUCCAUCGGGCGAGGCGUUUGCCCUGGCUGAUUCCAACUCCAACGUUCAUUUGUGGGGCUCGCCGGCCAAAGUGCACUUUCCAGAGUACAGCAAUCCUACAGAAUUCGCAGACCAUGUCAUACCACCAGCUUCCAUGGACUGGAGCCUUGACACUCCUCUUAACACGAUAGGCAUGCCGUACUACAAGGAGACCCUCCUCUCGGGCUGGCCAAGCCACAUGGUCUUCGAGGUCGGGGCACCACCACCCAAGAUUGAUGGUGCAAUUCUGAGCAACAUGACACGGACUGAUAUGGGCUUCUUCGCCAAGAACCCUAGGACCAAGCGAAGAAACCAGAUCGAGGUGACUAGACAAACAGACCGGUCUAGUGACUCUCUGACCCCACCCAAAUUUUUGAGCGAGAAGUCCCGAGCAUCAUUGUCACUAAGUGAGGCAAAUGCGAAAGCUGUUGAGACCAUGGAGACACUUACGGACCUCCAUCUCGACGAUGUAACACGAAAGGACGUUCCCGCGAUGUAUGGAAAUGUGGAGAUCAAAUACAGCAAGUUCGGAGUGGACGACUUCGACUUUGCCUACUACAACCAGACGCCAUUCUCAGGUCUCGAAACCCACAUUACCAAUUCUUAUGCGAACUCGCUACUGCAGCUGUUCCGCUUCACGCCGUUGAUCCGGAAUCUUGCGUUGCAGCACACGGCAUCACCCUGUCUCUUCGAAUCGUGCCUCUUGUGCGAGCUCGGCUUCCUCAUUGACAUGCUUGAGAAGGCGGCUGGACUGAACUGCCAAGCGUCGAACUUCUUGAAGACGUUCAGCGGCUUGUCAAAUGCGGUUUCGCUAAACCUGCUCGAAGAGUUCGCGCCAAACGUUGCCCUUACCAGCAUGAUACAGAACUUGAAUCGCUUCUUGCUCGACAAGAUCUCGGAAGAAUUUCGACAAAUGCUACCAAGCCAUGGCGGCACCUCAUUGAUGGAUCAGGUGUUGGAGACGCAGGCACGAGCAAGCAUGAGGUGUGCGCAGUGCGCCAAUGAGACCAUCAGAGGCGGGAAGAAUUUCGUUAACGAGCUUGUGUAUCCGGCGAAGCAUGUGAUGAAGAAUACGAGGAUACCGCGCCCGACGUUCUCACAAAUACUAAAGGCCAGUGUGGAGCGACAAGAUCAAACCCGAGGAUGGUGCACAAAAUGCAAUCGAUACCAGCAAAUGGUGCAACGGAAGACGAUACAGUCGGUACCUGGCGUACUGAUGCUGAACGCUGCGAUACAGACCCACGAAGCGAAGCUAUUGUGGUCAAUACCCAACUGGUUACCACAUGAGAUCGGGAUCAUAGUAGAUCAAGGUCAAUUCUACUGCUUCGAGGGCCAGGACUUGAAGUUGCACUUACAGCGCGGCGUCUUCGACAUCAUGGUAUAUGAGCUGGUUGGUGUCGUUGCCGACAUCAAUAGUGGCGAGCAUCAGAAGCCUCAUUUGGUCGCCACAAUCAAUACAGGCCCGUCGUCGCGCGAGCCAGAUGCAGAAGACAAGUGGCAUCUCUUCAACGACUUUCUAGUCAGGCCUAUACCGAGAGAAGAGGCUCUCCGAUUUGAACCCAGCUGGAAGCUCCCCUCAGUCCUGACUUUCCAGACCAAGUCUGCCAGGAACAAAAUCGACGAUUCGUGGAAGGAAAACCUAGACACAUCGAUAUUGUAUCGAUGGUGGUCGUCAAACCCAACGCCACCGGACGACAAGUUCAAACUCUUACAGGUAUCGACAGAGGCGCCUCGUCCGGGCUAUCCAGUGGCCAUCGACGCAGAAUUCAUCCGACUUCAAGCUGAAGAGAUUGAGAUGAAGGCGGACGGUACCCGGCAGACUAUUCGGCCUGAUCGCAAGGGACUCGCGCGUGUAUCAGUAUGUCGCGGCGAAGGCGAACACGCCGGCCUUCCCUUCAUUGAUGACUACAUUGCCGUUACCGAACAAGUCGUCGAUUACCUUACCGAGUGGUCCGGCAUUUCACCCGGCGAUCUCAAUCGCGAAACUUCACCGCACGCGCCUGUGAGUCUCAAGCAUGCCUAUAAAAAGCUCUGGCUUCUUCUCAACCUUGGCUGCGUCUUCGUCGGCCAUAGUCUAGCCAAUGACUUCCGGACCAUCAACAUCCAUGUGCCCAGAUCGCAAGUUGUAGACACAUCCAACCUUUUCUUCCUCCCCGAUUUCAAGCGCAAACUCAAUCUCAAGUUCCUGGCUUGGUGCGUUCUCAAAGAGCAAAUUCAGCAAGAUACACAUGAUAGUAUUGAGGAUGCGACGACAGCACUGAAGCUUUGGCGCAAGUAUGAAGAAUUUGUGGAUGCUGGGGUACUAGAGCCCAUGCUGAAUGACAUCUACGCGACCGGUAGCCAGGUCAAAUUCAAGGCGCCAGGGAGCGGGAACAGAAAUAGUAUGCCAGCGGGCAUGACGGCGACUGGAGCAGGCAGAGACACUCCAGAGCCCAUGACUACACCAAAGAAAGGGGGUGCAUUCGGUGGUGUUGGAUUUAGGAGCCCGAUGCGACGAUGA